AUGGUUUUCACUUCUUAUUCGUUAACAUAUAGGUUAAUUGGCAAAAAGGAUCCUGUGGCUCCCCAGGAUGAGAAAAAGUACAUUGUCUUCUUCUCCUGUCUGAUGGAACUGUUCGCGGUAUGCCCUAAUUGUACUGAACCUGCCACAGCUGAAGUAACUAAAGUAAUAGGCACUCAGAUCUAUGUGACUCAGAAGUGUCCCGCCUGCAAAUUUGUUCGUCAGUGGAAAAGUCAACCCAAUAUUCGAAGAAUUCCUGCAGGAAAUCUUUUACUCUCAUCUGCCAUUCUUUAUUCGGGCAGUAUGAUAUCACAGACCCUGCGAAUAUUCAAGAUCCUUAAGGUGGAGUGCUUUAGUCGGCAGACGUUUCACAAACACCAGAAGAAUUAUCUUAUCCCCGUUGUUAUAAAAUUGUGGAAGGAGGAGCAAGACAGAGUUAUACAGAUUAGGGACCUUUAGCAUCAGGUUUUUCGUGGGAAACGGCAAACCGCAAACCGCAAAAUGUCACGUGACCAAGGCCUUGCGGUCACGUUUGCAGUUUGCAGUUCACGUUUAGGCUAAAUAAAUGUGAACUGAACUGAACUGAACUGAACGCCUUGCUAAAGUUUGAAAUCUCGGCAACGCGAAACUGCAAACGCGUAACUGCGGUUUGCCGUCUGCGGUUUGCGGUUUACCUGAUGCUAAAGUUCUCUAAUAUGUCGGCUUUACCAGGGGGAGUUGUUCUUUCGGGGGACGGGAGGUCUGACAGUCCAGGUCACUGCGCCAAAUAUGGAGCCUUUACAGUUAUUGAGCAAAGAGUAAACAAAGUCUUAGAUGUGCAACUUGUUCAAGUAAGUACAUGGCAGUUUAAUAAUUUAUCUUUAUUGCCUUUUUUGUUCAGUCCUGUGAAAAGUGCUUUUGUCUGUGCCUACCAGUCUAAUGAGGUGCGGAACAGUUCUUGGUGUGAACACGAGGGUCUUCUUCGUAUGGAACGCUUUCUGGCUACCAAAGGGCUUCUACUCGAUGUCAUCAUUACUGACAGAAAUCGUCAAAAUGCCGCUUACAUUCGCAACAACAUGAAGCCAAAAGGAACUACGCAUUACUACGACAUCUGGCAUAUAGCUAAAGGCAAGUAAAGCGUUUAUACAACUAAGAACUCGACCUGCCCAACUAAAUAUUGAAUUAUAAUAUAUUUUUUGUGUUGACGGGUGUAAAAGUAUUUCUUAUUUGUAGGUAUUGGCAAGAAAAUUGACGCUUUGGCAAAACAAAAAGAUUGCGAAGAUGCAGGCUUGUGGAGGAAGUCGAUCGUAAACCACCUAUACUGGGUAGCUGCCACUGCACCCGAGGGAAAUGAGGACAUGAUAGAGGCUAUGUGGAAGUCAGUUUGCAACCACAUACAAGACAUCCACGAGGAGCACGGUGAUCUCUACCCGGCGUGUGCCCAUGGCCCCUUGGACGAAGAAGAGAGGGACAAAGAGUGGCUGCAACCUUGUAGGAAAUUUUGGAUUUUUGUUCUACAAAAACUCCAUGCUAUUAGUAUCUUAUUUCUUUAUUUCCAAUUUAAUUUGCAGCAUCAAAGGUUUGUGAAAAGCUGACCGACAUACUUACAAGCAAGUCUCUACUGAAAGACAUCAGGAUGCUAUCACCUCGGUAUCAAACCUCCUCUCUAGAAGCCCUGCACAGUUUGGAUAUUAUAUUUGCUCCCAAGCACACGGCAUUCGCGUUCUUGGCUAUGCUUGCCAGGUAA